CUUACCACUUUUAGAGAUCAUAUUUAAAAAUGUCGGGAAGAAGAUCACGUUCGAGGCAAUCAUCAGGAACUACAAGGAUCUCAGAGGAUCAGAUCAACGAUCUCGUAAUCAAGUUGCAGCAGCUUCUUCCUGAGCUCAGGGACAGUCAUCGUUCCGACAAGGUUUCAGCAGCAAGAGUGUUGCAAGAUACAUGCAACUACAUAAGGAAUCUGCAUAGAGAGGUUGAUGAUCUCAGUGAGAGGCUAUCUGAGUUACUCGCAAACUCAGACACUGCUCAAGCCGCUUUACUCAGAAGCUUACUUACCCAAUAACUUUCAUCUUCUUAUUUUUUACUAUAAUAAUAAUAGUACGCGAAUUUGUUUCUUAUUCUAUAGAUGAUGACCUUAUAGGUGUUUAAGGAUACGAGUUCGUCACUUCUGCUUCGGUCAUACAUAUAAAAUCUUUGCCCUUUUUCGGUUAUUUUGUUUGUCUCUUUUUCGAAUUCUGUUAGGGUUUUGUACUUGGCUAUGCUCAUUUUCUGAAAUUUAUUUGUUUGUCUUUUAAUUAGUAAUUUAAAUCAUAUCUCAUAGCAAGAUAUCAUCUUACACUAAUAAUCACAAAUUUACAGCUUAGUCAUUUAUCGAAAUUACGUUAAUUAAUUAAGAAGAAGCCUUCAAUAAUCUUGGAAAUUAAUAAAAAAAAUUGAAAUAUAGAAAGGAAGAAAUUUGAUAAAUCCAUAAAUUUAAGAAACAUAAUAAUGAACAAAAUUUUAUUCAUUUCCAAAAAAAAUCCAAGAACUUAUUCAAUAUAGUCCA